GACAGCAAAUGAGGCAGCCUUGUCUCCUCCAAUGACUCUAAUAUUCUAUUGCAUGGUAUAGUAAUUAUAAGGUGAAUUCCAGUGCACAAUCCACUUAAGACGUGGCAUUCUGUGAUGCGAUUACGUGUCCUCAUCAGAUAAUGGGAAGAAGCUUCUAUGCGUAUGAUCCUUUGUUUAUGGUCAUAGAACUAGUUUUAAGGUGAACAUUGAGAGCAUGCGUAGAUUAAGAAAUCUAAAAGAUCAAAGAGAUAGAGCAAAACAAAAUGGAGGAUUCUGGUGAUGAUUUUCCUGGUUUCCAAACUUGUACUCACAAAGAUGAAUUUGAAUACAGAAAGCCGUUGAGCCGUUUGCAGAGGCGAGCUCCUUGUCCUCUGCAGAUUAAGCCAACUUCCAUUGUUGAAACACAGGGUGCACUUCCAGCAAUUGGGUGCAAUAUCAAUUCAUCAUCACCGCCGGUGGUACCUCCUUCGUUUAAUUCAUUUUACUAUAGUAAAGACCCUAUUCCUCUACUUUCUCCGCUUGUUUUGCCUUCUUUGCUACAGUCUGCCUACGUUCAAGAAAGGAACACUGCAAAAUAGCAUCAAAUUCUGUCCAUGGUAUAUUUUGUUAAUUUUAUUUGCUAUAUUUUAUGGCCAUUGGCUUUGUAUAUUAAGUGGAUUUGGUUCCAUCAUUAUUGAAAACUUUACAGACUAAUGUAGUGAAGCUGUUAUAUUUUUUCC